CCGGCCCAGAAAAAUGCCCGACACCCCAUUUUUAUAAUGAGGAACUUUAUGGCCGAGAGCUCUGCCUUUGUUUUUUCUUUUCAGACGAAGCUGUGCCGUUCCUUUGAGUGGGAGAAAAAAGAGAGGCUGCACCGUGACAUGUUUUAUUCCUAGCCUCGUGGGGCUAGACAGAAACGUCCCACGUUCCGAGUCCCGGUGAUUUGACAUGGGAUGAAGACAAAAAAAAAGGCAGGACUUUCAUCGAGUGCAACGCUUUACCCAUACACACUGAAGCGAUCGAUGCCCCGAGCUUCGAUCUGGUUGGACCUCUGAUUCUACUACAGGCACACAUUGCGUAUCAGGAAUGUAGGAUGAAGCCAGAAUCAGCUAGCGGUCCUUCCUGACGGAGAGCAACUCGCCAACCGUUUUCGCUGGACGCCGGAGCACGCUCUGUUCAUCGAAAGAGAAGCGGAAGAUGCUGCCGUACGUGCCGCACUGCAUGCAUUUCCCCGAUGAAAGCACAUUGCGUAUCAGGUUGAGAGAUUGAGAUUCCCACGCGAAAAUAAAAAUAAAAAUUACUGUACUAGGAUCAGCGGCCUUCUCCCCCUGACGGAAACAACUCGCCAAACGUCGCCCGUGGCAGGGAGCACAGGCUCUGUUCAACGAAAGAGAAGCGAAAGAUGCCGCUGUACUGCUGCAUUACACCCUGCCACCGGUGAAAGCGAGAUUGCUGCCUGAUUGAUCCCAGGUUGAUGCCCGAUCGCUCGCUGCACCGAUCGGGCAGCAGGCCUCUCGGUCGCAUCGCACGUUGACGCGAGGCGACCACGACUGCACGCCGCCCCGAGUCCCCGACACCUUGCCACGAGUUGUCAAAGCGAGUACUGUGCCGACGGGUCGCCAAACCGUCCCAGCCAGGAGCGCUCCGUAUUGCAGAGUCCCGGCUCGCGCGUGGCAACCCGGAGAGUAACCCGCGCGCGCGUUACAAAUAGGCCCCCCGCCCGGUCGCGAACCCAGCACGACCUUCCAUUCCAAUCGAGCAGCCACGCCGCCUCCCCGAUGAAGCUUCUCCCGCGCCUCUGCAUGGCCACCACCAGCGCCGCCGCGGGCGAAAGCGACGCCAGCAGCAACAAGCUCGCCUCGGUCGCCUCCACCUCCUCCUCCACCGUCUCAACCUCCUCCUCCGCCGCCGCGGCCGCGGUGUCCGAGGCGUCCUCCUCCACCUCCCUCCCUUCGCUCUCCGCCGCCACGUCGAAUGCCGCCUCCUUCGCCCACGUCGCCACGCUCCUCCCUCCGCCCACGGCGGCGGCCGCGGCAGCGGCUGUCGCGGUGGUGGACGCCUCCCGCGGCUUCGUCGUCGCCAGGCCGGCGUCCGUGGCCUUCCACGACCUCUGCACCCUGGAGCCGACGUCCACCUCCGACCCGGGCCACGACACCGCGACCGCCGGCUCGGUCAAGUGCGUGGCGCACGUCCACGGAGGCAAGGCCGUGACGGGCCACCAGGACGGGAGGCUGCGGCUGUGGCGGGCCUCCUCGCGCGCGCCCGCCCGGAUCCGCCUCGCCGCCGCGCUCCCCACGGUCUCCGACCGCCUGCGCCGAUUCCCGCUCCCGUCCAACCACGUCGCCGUCCGACGCCAUCACCGCCGGCUCUGGAUAGAGCACGCCGACACCGUGUCCGGCGUCGCCGCGUCCACGGACGGCCGCCUCCUCUUCUCCGUCUCCUGGGACAAGACGCUCAAGGUCUGGGCCAUCCCGUCCCUCCGCUGCCUGCAGUCGCUGCCGGCGCACGACGAUGCCGUCAACGCGGUCGCCGUCGCUCCCGACGGCACGGUGUACACCGGCUCCGCCGACAGGCGCGUUCGUGUCUGGGCGCCCAGGCCGGCGUCCGACAAGACCGCCAAACGACAGAGCAAGAAGCCGGUUUACUACCUGGUGGCCACCCUCUCCCGCCACACGGCGGCGGUGAACGCCGUGGCCGUCGGGUGCGCGGGGCAGGUGCUGUACUCCGGCGGCAACGAUCGCUGCGUCGUGGUGUGGGAGCGGGAGGACAGCGCGAGCCACAUGGUCGCGAUCGGGGCGCUGCGGGGGCACCGCAAGGCGGUGCUCUCCGUCGCGUGCGCGGGGGACGGGCUGGUUGUCAGCGGGUCGGCGGAUCACACGGUUCGGGCCUGGCGGCGCGAGACCGACGGACGGGGGCACACGUGCGUCGCCGUGAUCGACGGGCACGGCAGCGCCGUCCGUUCGGUCGCGGUGGCUCUCGUUCCGGGCAAGAAGCAACUGCAGGGAGGAGACGACGGCGAUGACGGUGGCGAGGAAUGGAGGGUGUGCAGCGCCAGCUUUGACGGCGAGGUGCGGGUCUGGUCGUUGCGGGUGACGACGGGCUUGUAGUAGGUUGGAUUUGCUGCGAUUUCUGACGUUGGAAAGUGUGUUUUCCUGAUUUUUGAUCUGAUCUUGAUAGUUGAGAUAGAGAUACGUACGGUCGUGUACAUACAGGAAAGAGGUAAUUUAUCUACCUGUAAUGUUUGGACUUCGGCGAACUUCUUGUGGUGAAUCCAAUGCAGGUCGCCCGAAACUUAUCGGCACAAGUUACCUCUUUUAGCCAUUUACCCCACGGGAUUGUAAAUCUCAAUCGGAUGAGACUUAACCAAGUCUGAGUCGAUGCUAUAUUCAUAAGAUGUUGUGUGGAGAUCCGUGCAAA